AUGGGAGGAGGGGGCAAGUGUCCCUCUCCUAACCCCACGCCCCCACUGCCCAGGGGACUUCGAGGUCACAGUGCUCAUGGGGUAUGUGCUUUGUUUGGCCUGGGCCAAUGACCACUGGGCCCUCCAGCAGCCUGCUGCCCGGCCCAGCCCAGCCCAACUCGCCCGGCCAAUGAUUGAUUUGUGGGGCUUUUCAGCAUUGCAUUCUUCCCCUCAGUUGCCAGGCUGAGCAUUCUUUUUCAGGAGCCCUUAUUAUUUAUUAAAGGGGGAGAAGACAAACGUGGUGUUGGGUCAUUGAACAUUAUGAAGGAGCUCAUCACUCAAGAGUUUCUUGGGUUCUGUUCCAUUGGAGGCAUUCAAUUUGAAACUCAAGAAAUAGCCUCCUUUAAAGCAACACAAGGAAACAAAGCAAAUGAUCGAUUUGACAACAAGCUCCUUUUGUUUCCACUCAGAGUUAAGGUUACGAGGGAGAGAGACUAGCCUGAGCUAUUCUUGAUACAUAGAACUCAUUCUGAUGUGUGAUGCAUUCCAAUGUACAGAAAAAGACCCAAGCACUACAUGACUUAGUCCCACUUAAAAUAGAGACAGAUCUGGGUGUCCCUCUUAUCUUAAUGGAUAGUUUCUGGUAUUUUCUGGGAUCCUACUUUUGACCUUUCAUAAAAUGUGGGCAGCAACCCAAGGCAGUGACCAUUUACAUGAAACCUCAACAGUUUGAUAUUUACUGCUUGCUUCCUAAACUGUUUCCUCUCAUUCCCAGCAUUAGGCCAUUCAUGGUUCAUUUGCAUAUGAAGUCAUGAAAGGAGCGGUCCUCCCCACCCACUCACCCUCCCAUGCUGAACCCUUCACUGCCCACUCUGUCCACAGCCCACGACACAGAUCUGCUGUCCCUCAUUUGAAUUAAUAGCAUGAAUCAAUAUCACUAUACCAAACAUUUGUCACAUCAUAGUAAUUAUCACUGAAUGAAAUGUUUCUGGAAAUUGGUUGAAAUUAAAUGUUAUGACUCUUGAUGAGCCCUCUGACAGGUCUGAUGACGUUGAACGCUUAAGUGGUUAAAUGUUCUGUUGGGUUCAGUACGGAACUGUUCAGAACUGUCAGUAUUAGGACCUUGAGGUCGAGGCCAAGGAUUUUUGUUGAAGUCAUAAAUAGAUGUCUCCUUCUUACUCUCUCUUGCAAUGCUAUUCAAAGAAAGCAUCCUUCAGUCCUACUGUUUAACACUUGCAGUAAUGUUAUUUGUCCUGUCACUUAUGACUCAUAAGGGUGGGAGUUUUAAAUACUCCCCUAUACUUUAAUUGAUAACUGUAGAUCUCCUUGUGGACAUACUGCCUGCUAGUGUUAUGAGUAGGGUCAAGAGUGUUUCCUGACCACAUGACCUGACCAGGACCAACUUCCAGUCCCUACCCAUUCAUGCGUAGUGAAGCUGCAGGCCUGGCCCAGGUCAUCUGCAGGAUUAGGGCCAGUGUUUCCACUCAAUUGCUCUGCAGAUCGCCUUAGACAAAGCUGCCAGAGCAGAUCCCUGACCAGCCACUCUGCAUCUGGCCUCAGUGCUCAUCCACCUUGUUCCAAUCAGGAGCGAGGAGAAGCCACACACGUAGCCAGGGCCUUGGAGUGGAUAGAACAUCUUCAGUGCUGUCUCCUGCUUGACCACUUACUGCGUUUGUCUACCACUGGGAACCAAGAGGCCUGGAGGAAAUUAGUGCUGCAGAGCAGAGCGCAGCAGCAGCCAUUGACCUGUUGACAGACGCCCUGGCUAAACUCUGAGCUCCUCUGUCCCCUAAAAAAAAACAAAAAAACAUGGAAUGUUUCUGAGUUACAGCUUAGAGAACAACAAAGUCAACCCCUGACCACAGAGGGAUAUAUCUGAAUGCACACAUAUACUGACUCUGCACACUAUAAACAUUGCUUUACUAUGAAGAUAUUAAUAAUAAUAUGCCAUUUAGCAGACGCUUUUAUCCAAAGCGACUUACAGUCAUGUGUGCAUACAUUUUUACGUAUGGGUGGUCCCGGGGAUCGAACCCACUACCCUGGCGUUACAAGCGCCAUGCUCUACCAAUUGAGCUACAGAGGACCACCCAUAUGUAUAUUCUUUGCUUUUUAUUAUUAGUGGAUUAUUAAUGCUCAUUGGGCAUGCUCAGUGGCUGUGUUGAACAUUUCCAUAACAAUAACUCUCCAUACAGCACGUAUAGAACACAUUCUUUCCACCACAUUUUGAGAAUUGUUUUAACCAACAUAGUAGUGAGGUAGAAUUUGUGCCUGCAGUGUGAUCGUUCAAGCUAUAGUAAUUAGAAGAGAGCAUACAACUACUCUGAAUAUUGGAUUCCCAUAUGUUAAAGAGCAUGUCCUCAGGGUGGGGUGGGAAGGGGGGGUUUGGGUUGAUAACCCUGCACUUUGGCAGGACGUUUAGCUGGAGUGACCAGGGGGAAGGGGGACAGAGCUGGCCCCUGAAGUUUCUAAGGGAACCUUUGUCCGGGCUUGACCCGUCCACUGACCUGAUGUUUGCUGAGCUUUUGGCUUCAGCAGGCCCGUCUGCCACUGGAAGACAAAGAGAAUGGCCAGCUGGGAGGCAGAGCACGGAAUAAUUCUAUAGUUUAGUUCGGACAUUGGUGAAAGAGUGUUCAGUGGUCACUCACUGAUUUUUUUGUUGCUGUCAAACUUGUUUCUGUUUCUUAGGAUAAGGGUGCAAAGUCUGCAUGCCGCAAAUCCUUAGACAAGGUUUUAAAUGGUCAUUACUAAUAAUGGAACGCCCUUCAUUAUGUUUUGUGUUAGAGAUUUGAUUUAUUGUGAAUCACCACUUUGUUCAUGAUCAAUAGUAACAGAUUUGUUUUUGCAACUCCGCACCAGCCCCAACAUCUCCCAUCUGCACAGUAACUAAAUGAAGAAAAGCAUUAUGCAAAGCAUUGUUCUACUGUGCCAGUAUGGAAUGGCAGUGGACAGGGUUGAAGAGAAAGAGGAUGUUAGCGGGGGCAUUUCGUAUCUGUAGGAAGGCAGUUUUAGGAGGCUCUGAGUGAUUGAUUGGCAGUUUGCCAGCAGGGGAGCAUUAGCGUUGCAGCAGUGCUGGGGUGGCCUUGCAGGGCUCUGCCUGGAUGGGCGGUGUGCCGGCCAGGAUUUGUGGAGGUUGGAGGUCAGAGGUGGGGUCACUGCAAGGGGCAGAUGGCCAGAUCCUUUUUUUGUGCUGCUUGGAGCAGGCAUUCACCCCCUCAUUAGAAACAAACUGGGCAAAACAUCCGGGUAAACAAUAAAUUAUUCAACCGAUCGAUUAUGCUUUGACAUUUUAAGCUAGGUGGGUUUGAUAGUUAUAUAUUCUCUAUGUGGUUGAAUUAAAUCAUUAAGUAACAGAAACAAAUUGUGAAAGGGGGAGAAUAGUCAAGUCACCUUUUCAUUCAUGGAGGCCUUGCUCAAUAACUGGACACCCAAAGCUCCAGGGGGGAGGUGCAUAUGAUGAGCAUUUGCUGGCAAUGCAGAGCAUUUGAUUCUUAAUGUGUUUCAAAGGUCAUCUGGAAGGUGACUGGAAGAGGUAAAUGGGCAGACAGAGGUAGUUGAAGGUAUAAUCUAGUCCUUGUAGUGUGAGCCUCAGCUCAUCUGCUUUAAUAUUUCAUUUAGGAGCAUUAGGUGCCGCCUCUGGCAACCAUCAUCACUCAAAGGAGACGGUCAAUCGCAUAUUUUGAGCAGCCACGGCAGUGACCACAGCUCGACAAGCCCUAGCAGAAUAGAUUUUAGACCGAGACUUAGUAGUUAAUCAAUAAUCAAUAAGGAUCUCUCUGUUUGUCAAUCCAGCAUUUUUUGACUAUUCAGAGAGACAGAGUAUCUGGGAAGCUCAUCCUCUCAUGGCCCCAGGCCCCGGGCUACUGGGACGGAUGCCUCCAUGUUGCAUUGCUGCUGUUGUGCAACACUUAGGAAUGUGUUUGAUGUUGAUUAGAGGUUCCACAUUUUGUUGCUCCGUGGGAGCGUGUUGCUGAGGGAUGGGCCCCUGUAUCCGUUCAAUGACGCUCCCAAUCCAAUGCCUGCCUGCACUUCUCUCCACAGCAAAUAUUCCUCUGCAGAGGACUGCACUGGCCCUGAUGCACAAGAGGCCUUACAGCUCACAACUAAUUCAAUUAAAAAUGCCCAAAGCAAAGUGGCAAGGGGCUCAGUGAAAAGAUAACUUUACACAAAGAAAUGGGACUCUACAGCAACUGGUUGCACACAACCAUUUGGAAGUCUAAUACUAGAAGUAAAGUGCUCUGCAAAUAAAAGUUCAAGGCAAAGUGGCGCAACUCUCUAAAACUGGUCAGGGUAGAGAAUGUAGGUCAUGGAUCCCAAAUUAAUUGGGUUCCUUUUGGCUUUGCCCAUGAACGGUGCAUGCCCUGCCCCUGGCCAGUGAAAAAAACUAGGAGGUCUUUACCUUGACAUGUCAGAGGGUCAGCUGCGUUUAGGAGGGACAGAAUUCCCCUUGCCGCCAUCCUAAAGACGACACAGAGUGGCAGUUAGGGCUUUCCCGCUGUUCAGCACCACAACACCUGGAAACCCAGGUUACGUCCAGCUAUCCAUCAUGGCCGUUAUAGAGGCCAGGACACAAUCCAGUGUUUUUAUGACGGGGUGGAGUUUACCUUUAGGCAAGGUUUCUCGAGAGCAGUGCUUGAGAUUUACGUUGCUUUUAAGUAGUACUCUGAGAAAGGUUUGCUAAGGAUACAGCUAGAAGCACACCACCUGUGCUGUGUGCUGAUUGUCUGUUAAAUUUGUUGAGUGGUAAUAGUUCAUGUUCAAUUAUUCAGACAAUGACUAAAGGUGCAAGAUUGGGGUCCUCUCUGAUGUCAGUGGCAACAGCUGUUCAAUCAGAAACUAUGAACCUUGCACCUAGUGAGGAUUUGCCUCGCUUUAAAUCUGAGCUCCUUAUAAUCUUUGCACGGCUCCUCUUAUGUUUUCUUCAUCUGUUGGCUCUUCCCCCUCUCUCUUCUCCCCUGGCAAGCCUGCUGUGUUUGAUGUGCGUUCAGGUUUUUUUGUGUGCAGAAUGUAGAGAAGAGGGGUAAUUUCUGUGAUAAAGUUAGUGGGGGAGCCUCCGAAGGUAAACACUGGGGAGAGCAUCUCAUUGUUACUCUGGGCUAGCGAGAUAACUGAGGCCAAGGAGGGGUGGAGAGUCCUAAUCUCAGUUUGUUACCUGUAUAAAAGACACCUGUCCACAGAAGCAAUCAAUCAAUCAGAUUCCAAACUCUCCACCAUGGCCAAGACCAAAGAGCUCUCCAAGGAUGUCAGGGACAAGAUUGUAGACCUACACAAGACUGGAAUGGGCUACAAGACCAUCGCCAAGCAGCUUGGUGAGAAGGUGACAACAGUUGGUGCGAUUAUUCGCAAAUGGAAGAAACACAAAAGAACUGUCAAUCUCCCUCGGCCUGGGGCUCCAUACAAGAUCUCACCUCGUGGAGUUGCAAUGAUCAUGAGAACGGUGAGGAAUCAGCCCAGAACUACACGGGAGGAUCUUGUCAAUGAUCUCAAGGCAGCUGGGUCCAUAGUCACCAAGAUAACAAUUGGUAACACACUACGCUGUGAAGGACUGAAAUCCUGCAGCGGCCGCAAGGUCCCCCUGCUCAAGAAAGCACAUAUACAGGGCCGUCUGAAGUUUGCCAAUGAACAUCUGAAUGAUUCAGAGGAGAACUGCGUGAAAGUGUUGUGGUCAGAUGUGACCAAAAUGGAGCUCUUUGGCAUCAACUCAACUCGCCGUGUUUGGAGGAGGAGGAAUGCUGCCUAUGACCCCAAGAACACCAUCCCCACCGUCAAACAUGGAGGUGGAAACAUUAUGCUUUGGGGGUGUUUUUCUGCUAAGGGGACAGGACAACUUCACCGCAUCAAAGGGACGAUGGAUGGGGCCAUGUACCGUCAAAUCUUGGGUGAGAACCUCCUUCCCUCAGCCAGGGCAUUGAAAAUGGGUCAUGGAUGGGUAUUCCAGCAUGACAAUGACCCAAAACACACGAUCAAGGCAACAAAGGAGUGGCUCAAGAAGAAGCACAUUAAGGUCCUGGAGUGGCCUAGCCAGUCUCCAGACCUUAAUCCCAUAGAAAAUCUGUGGAGGGAGCUGAAGGUUCGAUUUGCCAAACGUCAGCCUCGAAACCUUAAUGACUUGGAGAAGAUCUGCAAAGAGGAGUGGGACAAAAUCCCUCCUGAGAUGUGUGCAAACCUGGUGGCCAACUACAAGAAACGUCGGACCUCUGUGAUUGCCAACAAGGGUUUUGCCACCAAGUACUAAGUCAUGUCUUGCAGAGGGGUCAAAUACUUAUUUCCCUCAUUAAAAUGCAAAUCAAUUUAUAACAUUUUUGACAUGCGUUUUUCUGGAUUUUGUUGUUGUUAUUCUGUCCCUCACAGUUCAAAUAAACCUACCAUUAAAAUUAUAGACUGAUCAUUUCUUUGUCAGUGGGCAAACGUACAAAAUCAGCAGGGGAUCAAAUACUUUUUUCCCUCACUGUAACUGAGCCAAGGGAGGGGGGGGGGAGUUGGAUAGAGAGAGAGAGAGCCCUUAAAUUGAAAUUUAAUUGAGAGAGAGAGCCCAGGAGAGAUACUCUGAUGCCCCUCUCCCCCCCUCAACGCCUUCAUCUGGGUGCUGACUCCUCGCCCCUACAGCACAAACAGCAUUGGAUGUGUGCAGAGAGGUCAAAGAGCACUGCAGUCUGUUUGUUUACCCAUUUCUUAAGUGGUGUGCAUUGCAUUCUGAAAACAUGCAGCUGUUUUUAAUCUGAAAACACAUGUCACGUGUAUCUUUGAAUUAUGUGAUUCCUUUUUCUCUGAGUAAUAAAUGAGUGAAGAGGGUUUUGUGGUACUUGUUUUGGGUAUUUCUGAUGUAGUCUUCUUUAUAUAGUAAUUCACUGAUGUAGCCUAGUCCGUUGGUUGCACUGGGUCCCAGUAAUGCCAGGAGUGGUUUGAUUUGUUUAUGUUAAUUAUUGUCAUGUGAAUUUCUAUCUCUAAUUCAACCUAAGCUUGAAUCAUUACCAGAGGUUGUAAGGCUCUGGUUUUAAUCAUCAAUGAUUCAAGGUCCAAAAUUCACAAGUAUUUAUCUGUAUAUUUAUUCAUGGAGAGCUCUGGCGCCAAAGACACAAACAUACGAUUUUAUACCUCCUGAACUUGACUCCUCCCACCUUUAGGUGACUUUUCUAAACAGUUUCCGCCUUCCCCUUCACCCUUGAAUGUUUAGUACCGCCCCCUCUGUUAGUGGGUUGACACUACAUGAUAAUUCCUAACAUUUAUACUGUAUUUGGGGUGAAAUCCUUUAGUCAUUAUUCUUAAAAUCCAAAUUAAUCUAACAAUUAUGUUGAUGUUAUCCAGCCCUGGAGCUUUUUGGUAAAGAUUUUAUUUAUCUCAGUCAUUCCAAAAAUUGGAUUUAAAUUGAGGUCUGUAUCAAGAGCAGCAGCACCAUCAUUUAUUGUAAAGUAACUGUCCAGUGUUUCCAGAUUUCUAUGAAAUAUGACGUAUUAUUAAUUACAAUAUGAGUUAAAUAGUUUUCCUUUCAAAAAAUGUGUUAAAAAGCAGCUUUUCUGUGUUGGAAUGGUGUGGGCGUGGGACACACACUUUUCACGCCACUUCGAUACAAAAUGAUUUUCGUAGCAGGUUUGGAGAGCAUUUUUGCUAACCCUAACCUUAACCCUUUUCCUAACCUUAACCUCAGUCUCUUUAUCUGCUACGUUAAUUAUCCUAAUCUGCUGCGUAAAUGCUCCUAACCUGCUAUGAAAAAGUCACUUUGGUAUCGAAGUGGCAUGAAAAGAGUGUUUCCCGUGUGGGCGUACCCCAACAACAGAGUAGACAGCUGAUUGGCCAUGGGAUUGGCCAUCCUCCAUGAGGAAAUAGAAAGCAUUUUUGAAACGGUCUGUUUGAGAUACAAAUUUGAUGUGGGUUUUUUAAAGUGUUUUUUCUCCAAUUUAUGCUUGGGCCACAAAUACGAGUAUAGGAUCGUGAGUCAACACCAUUAUUCGGUUAUGAGUUAACAUAAUAUUAACUUUUAAAAGUGAUAUUUUCACUGGACAGUAACUUUAACAAACUAUUGACCUGAGGCUUCAUUAGUUGAGACGGGGGAUGGGAGUGGAUAGCAGUGGAUGACCUUAAUGACUUUUGGGGGUUUUAUUGCUUAGUGACUGAAAAGGGGGGGAAACAUAAUGUUCUAGAUACUUUUUUAUUAAUCUUUUGAAACGAUGAACAAUCUAUUCUAGACAUUGAACUACUUGCAACAUCAUUCUUAACGGUGGAUAAGGUUUAGGUGAAAUCAGUAAUGGGACACACGCUGUGUACAUUAGGUUUCUCAUGGAGUUUAGUUUCCAUACAGUUCAGGUGGUGUCUAACAACCAAUCAGUUUCAGGGAAACCCAAUCCAAGCAGGAUGUUGCCGGACCUCUCCACCAAUCAUCACCGUCCGGCUGCACUCAGCAGGGCAACACUUUUAGAUAUAUCUGUCAUCAGGGGCCCUCUUUAUCUCAGGGGGAUUAAAGUAUGGAAUCAGUGGCAAAUAAUUUGUUGGUAAAACACUUGACUUAAAGGCAACUGUUAUAAUGAUGUAUUAAUUGCUAUAAGCAUAUGAGCCUUAUAAUAUAUAUUGUCUUUCUAGGAAUAGACCUACAGGUAGGCCUAAUUAGGAAUUAGAUGCUGUGAAGAGGUAGCACUAUUCCCAAAAGGACUGUGUGUCUGUGAGGGUUGGUUACAUGUGAUGUUGUCCUUUAAUGCUACUGUUAGCAUAGAGCAGUCCGUUUAGGUUCCCACUGGCUGGCCAUUCAUCUGGCCUGUCAAAGGCCUCACUUACAGUAUCAUCUUUCACUGACGGAUCUUCCCUAACUCUGCUGCUCCAUGAGGGGGAAAUGUAUCAAUGAUCUCAAACAAAAUGGAUCAAGCUUCCCCUCCUCCUCCACAUGGCCUCAUCACCAUCUGUGGGCUUAAUUAUUAAUUGUUAGAUAUUACUUGUUAGAUAUUACUGCACUGUUGGAGCUAGAAGCACAAGCAUUUCGCUACACCCGCAAUAACAUCUGCUAAACAUGUGAAUGUGACCAAUAAAAUUUGAUUUGAUUUAUUUGAUUUGAUUUGAUUGUUGAAAUAUAAAGAGUUUUACAGCAAGCGUAUGAAGUAUUUUAUUUAAGUUGAAGUAUUAGUAGUAGUCAUUAGGUGGGCCACUAAAAGUUUGUGUGCACGGCACACAUUUGACUGAUUGACCUCUGCUCAUGUGCGUAGAUGUGCAUUGUAGAGGAGCUAAUUAAUAAGAUGGGCCUAGCAGAGAUUUCAUCUGCUCUCUGAUCUCCUCAGGGUGUAUUGUGCUCCAGCCAGGAUGAGCUGACAGGUACAUGUAACAUGCUGGUUUGUUUAGGUUAGUUAGGGCCUCGGGAACCCCGUCUGAUAUCCGAUGUCUGGUGCUUGUAUAACACCUCAUCUGAGGGAGAACUGGAGCUUAUGCAUUUUCAAAGAAAAGGUGAGAGACAGGGCAAGGUUUUGUAAGGGGGAAAAAACAACAGCUGAUUUCAAUAGUGGACUAACCUACAUCUCAGGGCAAAGGGGCUUCCUGUUACUUUGUCUUGAUUACAUUUACAUUUUAGUCAUUUAGCAGACACUCUUAUCCAGAGCGACUUACAGUUAGUGAGUGCAUACAUUUUUUUUCUUCCAUACUGAUGGCAAUGCAUCAACACAUGAACUCUGUCUAGGCUGUAAGGAGAGGAGGUCAGGGAGAUAAUUUGUCUUGGAGGGGUAGGGUUGGAUGGAUUGUGGGGCUCUUCAGAUCUUGCUUCAACAGCCCUUAUGAUUAUUCUUGGCAAAUGUUCAAUCUCAGUGCUAAUGUACAGCAUUUAGGUUGAUUUGAAUAGGAUAGAGCUUUCUUGUUGGGACAUGGCAGCUCCUUGGCAAGUAGUUUCAUGGACAAUUAUAUGAAUGAAGGGGAGGGCAGUUGGGGUAGUGAUCAUUUCGGUAUUAUUGUGCACAUAGAUUUCCCUAUUUUCAAUGAAAAUUCAAAGAAUGAGGUUCAGCUUCACAGCACUGCAUUCUCACUAUCAGACAGAGACUGAAGUGGGAUGGCCUUUGCUGAGGAUAGGCUUUAGUGAGAUGGUAACCUGAAAGUGAAGUAAUUUAUAUUUAUAAGAUAUGCCUGGUAGCUCAAUAUAUUCCCUUAUUUCCAUAAAUGUAAUUGAUUUCCAUUUUAACUGAAUAGUGCCCUUAAGUCCUAAGAUACAGAGGCUUAGUUUGACUGAUAUAAAUACAUUUAACCUUAUCCACCAAGAUGAGCUGCCGAGCAAGAGAGGAUAGUGGGCCAUCAACAUACAUUUUUGUGAUGAUUGGUCUUAUAGAUCCAAAUGAGGGAAAAUACAAUAUUAGAAACACAUAAUUUCACAGUUAUUGCUAUCUAAUGGCUGCAUUGCUAGUAAUCAUCUCUUUGGAAACAUGUACUGUACAUUAGAGAAUGUGUCUACUCUUGUAGUACACAGUGUCUCACCGUUCCUUGUUUUGUUCUGUAGGUAUCUCCCCCUUUAUAAAUCAGCCAACAUCCAUUGUGGUGACAGAAGGAUCAGUCGCCCGUUUCACCUGCAAAGUCACUGCAAGCCCUCCUCCCAUCAUCACCUGGGAGUUCAAUCGGGUCACGUUACCCCUGGCAACUAAAAGGUAUGCAUUCUCAUUAUUUAAUUAUCAUGCCAUGUCAUUAACUUUAUCUUUAGAGGGUGUUUGAGAGUAUUGUAGAAGUGUAUUACGAUUUUAAACUGUACAUGUCAGAGGGAUAGAAAUAUCAGAGCUGUGUGCUCAUCCACUAAUAUCUAUGAUGUCAAUUGUAUUGAUUGUCUUUGUGUUCUUGUCUCUCCCAGAAUCACAGUCUUGCCCAGCGGCGUUUUGCAGAUCCACGGGGUGGAAAAAGGGGAUGCUGGGAACUAUCGUUGUGUGGCAACCAACAUUGCCAACCGUCGCCGGAGUACAGAGGCAACCCUCACUGUCACUCCAGGUGGGAGAUAGUGGAGAAUUAGCACUCUUUUCAGAUUUAAACAUAAUAUAUUCACAAGCAUUGCAUCAAACAUUAUAAGCCUAAUAAAAGCCAAGUUAUAUUUAUGUUGAGUAGUGAAGUGGGCACCCUGGUAAAUCUUGUCUCCCCUCCACAGCUCCAAGCCCCAAACUGCCUCAGAGGCCUCGUAUCAUCGCCGGGCCCCAGAAUGCCACUGUGUCCCUGCACCAAAGUGCCAUCCUGGAAUGCAUGGCUACAGGGAACCCCCGACCCCUCAUAUCCUGGAGCCGAGCCGACAGCAAGUCCAUCGAUGUGUUCAACACCAAGGUGCUGGGCAAUGGCAACCUCAUCAUCUCUGACAUCAAACCGAAACACGGAGGAGUGUACAUGUGCAGAGCCACUACCCCUGGCACGCGCAACUAUACAAUCGCCACAGCCAACAUCACUGUGCUAGGUAAACACGUUAGUCGUCUGUGUAGAGCUGCUAAAAGUGUCAGUUGUUAUUACAGACAUCAUUGUUGCUGUUUGUUACAUCUAUGAUGUUUCCCUUAUCCAGCGCCUCCGUCCUUGGUGGAGUGGCCGGAGAGCCUGACCCGUCCGCGUGCGGGCACGGCCCGCUUUGUGUGCCAGGCUGAGGGAGUUCCCCUGCCCCACAUCACCUGGCUGAAGAAUGGAGAGAAGGUCCACUCCAACGGACGCAUCAAGAUGUACAACAGGUCUGAGCUCUAACACCAGAUCUACUCUAGCUAAUAUCUCUCUGCUCCUGUUUGUCUCCCUCGCUGUUGUUUAUUUAUAUGAUCAUCCCAUUGUUUUAGAAAUCCCUGCCUCCUAACCACCAACCAUAUUGGAUGUUCUGCUGUAUGUUAAUUGAAACAGAAUCCCUAAUUCCUUUACCCUACAGAUAGUUGUCUUGGUUGACUGGAAACUCAGUCCCAAUGAAAAAUUCAUCAGCCCUUCCCCACAGUAGAAAGGAAGCUGAAUAAUUUACAAACGUGCUAAUGGCAUUUCAGUGGAUUUCCCACUAAUUUGCUUCCUCUGCUCUUACCACUGCCUUGGCUUGUUAACGGUUUCUGAUUUGAAAGGGAAUGAUAGAGCUGGUAAGCGACGGGUUAAGUAUUGGUAGGAGAAGCUGGAGGAGGGACAGAAGUCUAAUAUGGCCAUCUGUGUGUUUUGUCCCACAGUAAACUGGUGAUCAACCAGAUCAUCCCUGAGGAUGAUGCCAUCUACCAGUGCCAGGUGGAGAAUGAGCAGGGCUCUGUGCUGUCCAUGGCCCGGCUCAUAGUGGUGAUGUCAGAGGACCGGCCCAGCGCGCCCAGGGACAUCCGGGCUAACACUGUAUCUAGCUCCGCCAUCUUGCUGGCCUGGGAAAGGCCGCUGUACAACUCAGACAAAGUCAUCGCCUACUCUGUGCACUACAUGAAGGCUGAAGGUGAGAUAUGAUGGCCAGCUCAGGGGGAGCCUCUUCUAUGUCUUGUACCUUUUCAAACAGAAACUAUUUUUGAUGUUGGCAGGAAAUAGUUAAUGUAUUGGGGCAUUCCAUAUGAAUGGCCUUUGUAGCCCCAGGAGUUAACAGUUAACACUGUUUAGAGUCCUGAAUGCUCCCGCUUCCUUCUUGCCCCCAGAACGGAAUGUGGGAGAUUGACCAUCUGUUGUUAAUAGUUGGUUGCUGGGCAGAGGUCAAGGAAAAUAAUGAUUACCGCAGCUUACUCUGUACAAACAGGACUGGCCUUCCAUAGGCGAUCUCUAGCCCUGUGCAUGAGUUUUAAAGGUGCAGCACCCCCUACACUAGAUGAGAUGCAGGAUAGACAGGAACCGUUCAUGAGAAUACAAGGGCUGCACUGUAGUCACUAAAUCCCAGUCAUUGACUGCUGGACCUUUAUCUUUCCUGGGAACCUGUAUUGUUGAUGAAGAGGCAUCAAGAGUCACAUUCAAACAAUGUAACAGUUCAGCACAAAUGUUAUCCAGUUCAUUCAGGCACUGUUGUUCGUUGCCGGCUAUGGAAUUCCAUUGUAUAGGCCAAAUGUACAAAAUCCAUGCAGCAAAAGAAACACCUGCUAGGCUAUGUAAGGAUAAGGACAAUAACGGAAGCAAGUUAGAAAAUCUGCUCCUUUCUCCUUAAAUAACUGCCGUCUGUCAAGGAUUUGGUGCACUUGAUUAAGAUUACGUGACACAUUCUGUCCGGUCCCAGAGAAUGACUGGCCAUUGAGAUUGACAGGAGUGGUAGCACCAGAGCAUUCUGCACCUGAGGUCUCAGACACAGAGCAUUGGCACUAAAUGGAGGUUCUAAUGAAAGGAGGAACUAAUUAGUCUGUGUGUUGGAGUGUGCUAAUCCAACAGAGGAGAUUCUGUCAAGGCACUGGGACAGUGUGAGCUGGACUGGGAGGGAGGCUUUGUGUGUCUUUUCAAGGAGGUUUGCUGGGCCAUUCAGGCCCCUGGACAAGGCCUUUUCUGUUUACUCUCAAGGAUCUUGUUUUCCAGGUCAGAAAUCAGGCCGAACGAUUCAAUACGUCCUGGCUACAAGGGAGUCUUUUGUGGGACCUUCCUAAUCUGUGCUAAUUAAACUGCUAUUAGGCGUAGCCAGCAAUGUGGGAAAAUUGAAUGCUGGAAUUUGGCUUGAGCAAUGUUGAUGAAAUUGUCUAUAAAAGGGGAAGGAACCAGUUUGAUUGAGUUGACACUUUUUUUUAUAUUGUCCAUACUGAAUGGACCAGAAGCCCACUGUUAGAGACAGGUGUACAGCAUAUCUUUGUAAGAAUCAGGCGCCUCAGACAAGGAGGUUCCUAAAGCCAAAGUGAUUAUGUUCUAAUUGCUCUGCAUACUGAGAGAUAUCAUUGAAUGAUGAUUAUGGGAAGUUAUCAAAAGUUGUCUUUGUACUCAGAAUGUAUGCAAAUCUUCAUAGGCCCUUUUAGGCCCCUUUCCCCCUUUAGCGCCCUAAAGAGUUUGCAUUGAAGGACCAGAUCCCCUCUGAACUCCUUGCCUGUACAUGCAGCUUACAACAACUAGAACUCUGUGGGUGGUAAUUGAUUAAAUGUGUGCCCUUUUCUUCCCUCAAACCAGGCUUGAACAACGAGGAAUAUCAGGUUGUCAUUGGCAACGACACAACCCGGUACAUUAUUGAUGACCUGGAGUCAGCGCGGAACUACACCUUCUACAUCGUGGCCUACAUGCCCAUGGGAGCCAGCCGCAUGUCGGACCAUGUAUUCCAGCACACCCUGGAGGAUGGUGAGGCCUCGUCGCUAGCUCCCACAUACACAAACAUACAGUCCACAGAGGUAAUGUGCAGCCAUAACUGUCACCCCAUGAUGAAUAAAAACACCCCCAGAUGAAUAGUAAAGAGAAUGCUUCAUAUUGAUCCUGUAGUGCUACUGUAAGGUCUUCUAUCACUCUAAUGGAGGACUCAGAGGAUGUUUUCCAGUGUGUUUAAACUGUAAUGAAUAGGCUGUAGAGAGUGGGCAGUAUUGUAGGUCCUGUAAUGAAUCUAGUGCGGCUGACCCCUGGCUGUCUAAUUGGGGUCGUCUCUAAGAGGGCCGCCAGAGGAAUAGAGGAGUCUAAUAAGGAAGGAUUAGAUGGGGGACCACUCGGCUGGUUAAACAUUAGUCAGGCUGAUAUUUAGAGAUCAGGAAUGACCCUCUCUUCUAUAAUCUAACUCCCCACAAGGGCCCUUCACAGUUCACACCACCCCAUGAAACGUUUCUGCACUGUGCAACCGUGACCACCACUUAUGAUCAAGGAAAAUUACAUUUCUUACAUAUUCCACAGAAAAUAACUGCUCUAUUGUCCUUGACUAAGGGAACAUCUGUCACAUGAUUGAUACCAGUCUAAAUCAGAUCACAUCUAUUUAUUGUGUACACUUUCAGACUUACUGAAUAGAUUUUCCAGUAUGACUGAGUGUGAUGCACAGUGAGCUGAUUUGUGUCUCUAGGUUUAUUCAUUAUAAUCUCAGUAACUAGCUGUUACUUUAGCAACCACAACUCUUCCUUUGGUCCCCACCAAAACAUGAUACAAAACAACCAUAAAUAUAGACAGAAACCACAAUACAGAGACAGUAACACAGUAAUGAACAAGUUGGUGACUGUAUAAGCCUCUACAUGACGGCUCUGUCUCCCUCUCCACAGUGCCCCUGCGUGCCCCAGAGCUCAGCCUCACCAGCCGCAGCCCCACAGACAUCCAGGUGUCCUGGCAGCCCCUUGCAGCCAAGCUAAGCCGCGGCCGGGUGUCGGCCUACCGCCUGUCCUAUCGUACCAGCGCCGACCAGACCGUCACCCAGCUGGAGCUUCCUGGGGAGAAGACCCAGUAUCUCCUGGAGGGCCUGCAGCCCGACACCAUCUACCUCCUCCGUAUCGCUGCAGCCACUAGUGUGGGCUGGGGGGAACAGACAGCCUGGACCUCCCACCGCACCCCUAAGGCAUCCAGCGCCAAAGGUACUUACACGUGCUCCUCAGUAGUAGCGAUAAGUUAUUGGCUGCUCCCUGAUGGUCCGAUGCUUCAGGCAUGCACAUUAUCAAUUAUUUUUCUGAAGUUAAACAUGUGCUCUGUGUGCCCCAUUCUUAUGACUAGGUUUCUGCGUGCAUAUAUGAUGUUUGUACAGAUAGGAGUACAACUGUAUGACUUCUAAUCAAUCAAAGUCAAAAGACAUGUAAACAAGAACAAGAUAAGUAAGCCAAAACAUCUUUGAUGAACCGGAAUUUCAACCUUAGAUUUGUAAAGCUACCAGCCAGCCACAUCACCGAAAUAAACAUGUAAGUCCUUACUUCCUCUACUGACUUAUCAUGCACACUAAAACCAUCAUGCCUUGCAGGCGCACAGUGAGAGCACACUUCCCUCUGCACAUAGUCAAUAUAGGAGCAAAGAGGCUGGAUUAUCUCUAAACCUUUCUUCUUCCUAGUCCUCUGCCUAGUGUGUGAGAGAGAGCCAUGAGAAGAGCUUGCUCUAAUAAUCCUGUUAAGGCAUUGCAUUUGUUACUCCAUGACCUUUGGCCCUCUCUGUCAGUAACAUCGGAAUGGCUUCAGUCAUGGGUCAUAAAAGAGAGGGACCCAGGCCUCCGGGUGGGAGGAAGAGUAGUGCUGUUUAGAGCUCCAUCUAAGCCUUAGGGGUGGGGGAGGGGACUGCUGCCCCCUCUCUCUCUCUCUGUCCCUUUGGAAACAAACAGGAUAUUUUCUAGGAUUCUCCCAGGAUCAUGUCGGCUGAAUAGGUAUUCUGUCAGUAGAACUGAGGACCUGGCUCAUCUCUGCUAGUGUGUGUUUGUGCCUGGCUGUGUAUCUGUGUGUCAGGCUGGGGCAUGGUAUGGAUGGGCCUCUGGUUGGGGGCUGCAGGCUGGGAGCCUGUUAUUUCCAUCAGAUAAAACCAGUGAGCAGCUGGGUGGAGAGCAUUCCUGUUUUCAAGGAAGAAGACAAGCUACAGAGUCAACUUGCUCCCAGCCUGCCACCCUGCAUCUCUUACAAUAUAAUACUUUUUGGUGACUUUGCCCCUAUUUGUCCAGCAAAUUAUUUCUGGGAAAUGUAAAUUAGCAUGUUUCUGCCAUGUUAAGUGGUUUACUCCUAAUAAUUUGGGUGUCCCAAACAAAUGUGUUCCUGAACAAGUCCUUAAUUUGUUCAGAACUAGCUAACCUUUCUUUAUAAAUAGUUGUAGACUGUCAAUAGUAGCAAGGCUAUGAAUGGUAUCUGAAUAUGAAGCAAAUUGACCUUCUUGAACACAAUGGUAUGGCCUGGCCAUUGGGCUUAAGGCAAAGAAGGCCUGAUAGGGUAGUGGGGGUUGGGUGUGGGUGGGUUUCAUAUUCCCCCUUGACUUGGUACUAUUUCAGAUGAGCUGGUUAAAAUAAAGACAUCUGAAUAAAAAGGAAUAUUCAUGCAGGUUGAGCUCUGUAAAUAAGUAGUACACAUGGCUCUGCUAAAUGACUAAAAAAUAAAUAAAUAAAAAGACAGAUUCUGUUUGAACCUUACCUCAGACCUGUACUCAAUAAAUAAAAUAAAAUUGUAUUGGUAUUACACAUACACAUAUUUAGCAGAUGUUAUUGCGGGUGUAGCGAAAUGCUUGUAAUAAGAAAUAACACACAAAAAAAACAAAAUACUACCAAGUUGCUUAGGAGCUAGAAGCAGAGCUGCCAUGUCUGUCGGCGCCAUCUUCACAAAAAUAUAUAACAAAAUACUCUGAUGUUUACUGUGACUCUAACCACAGAUCUCUCUCUUUUUGUCUCCCCACAGUGACUCUAACCACAGAUCUCUCUCUCUUUUUGUAUCCCCACAGUGACUCUAACCACAGAUCUCUCUCUCUUUUUGUCUCCCCACAGUGACUCUAACCACAGAUCUCUCUCUUCUUCGUGUCUCCCCACAGUGACUCUAACCACAGAUAUCUCUCUUCUUCGUGUCUCCCCACAGUGACUCUAACCACAGAUCUCUCUCUUUUUUUGUCUCCCCACAGUGACUCUAACCACAGAUCUCUCUCUUCUUCGUGUCUCCCCACAGUGACUCUAACCACAGAUCUCUCUCUUCUUCGUGUCUCCCCACAUUGACUCUAACCACAGAUCUCUCUUCGUGUCUCCCCACAGUGACUCUAACCACAGAUCUCUCUCUCUCUUCGUGUCUCCCCACAGUGACUCUAACCACAGAUCUCUCUCUUCUUCGUGUCUCCCCACAGUGACUCUAACCACAGAUCUCUCUCUUCUUCGUGUCUCCCCACAGUGACUCUAACCAAAGAUCUCUCUCUUCUUCGUGUCUCCCCACAGUGACUCUAACCACAGAUCUCUCUCUUCUUCGUGUCUCCCCACAGUGACUCUAACCACAGAUCUCUCUCUUCUUCGUGUCUCCCCACAGUGACUCUAACCACAGAUCUCUCUCUUCUUCGUGUCUCCCCACAGUGACUCUAACCACAGAUCUCUCUCUUCUUCGUGUCUCCCCACAGUGACUCUAACCACAGAUCUCUCUCUUCUUCGUGUCUCCCCACAGUGCCUCUAACCACAGAUCUCUCUCUUCUUCGUGUCUCCCCACAGUGCCUCUGGCCCCUGAGCUACAGUUGGAGCCUCUGAAUUGCACCACCAUCAUAGUGCGCUGGCAGCUAGCACCAGGAAACUCUGUCAGCGUCCAAGGCUACAGGCUGUUCUACCACGAGGAGAGCCAGGCUGAGAGUUCCCCCAUCCAGCUGCGUGCCCAGGACAACAGGCACACAAUUGGAGGCCUGGGUGAGUAGACCCCACCUAGUACACCCUUCCUAUGAUGUAAUUGUUGCUGAUGACAUUUGUCUUGAUUUUGGAUUUCAAUUGUAAGAUUAAGAAUAUGUUCUAGUCAAUGCAUGCUUACACAUUGAAAGUGCAAGUCCUCCUUAAACUGGAUUCGGAUCAAAGAUGCUCUUUGGUUUAUUGACUAAAAUGUCUGGUCGCUAUCAUCUGCCACUAGACUUCCAUAUUAGUAGACAUAAAUCAAGACCAGUCCCGGUAAGAUCUUAAAAACAUAUUCUGUGUCCUCAGCAGGCAUGUUUAAGGUAUUUUUAGGAUCAGAAAAGCCCAUUAGUUUGGGAAGGAAAAGUAUUUUCAUGUGAGUUGUGGGGGCUCAUGUCCAGAGGUCCAGAAAGGAGCCAACCCCCCCCCAAUGACCUAACGGCCCCGGCCUGGGUUCCAAUGUAUGUCCCCCCAACAGCUUUAGAAAUAGCUGCUAGCUGGGACUGAGGAAGGGGUGUUGGGCAUAUGCUGGUUCUCUGGCCUCUGGGUCAAAUUCAUUUUGCCACGUUGGAGAGUGUGGAAGGAAAGAGAGUCCCACACCACUGCAGUGGACAACUGACCAUCUGUGGCCAGAGGAGGUCAGCCAGGUGGCCAGCAGCUGAAUUUUGAAUCAGGAAGCGAAGCUCUGGCACUAAACCAGGAUUAGAAAGCAUAAAGGGGGGGGGGGGUUAAAUACAGUAUGUGUCCCAUUGUACCUUUUAGUUUUCUUGCUACAGUAUGUGUUUUGUUUUGUCAUGGAGUGGUCUUACUGUGAGAGGGGCGAUAAAUAUGACUGCUGAAACUUCCUCCAUUUUGGCAACAGCUGUUGUUUAGAAUGACACAAGGCUACUGUAGUGAGUAGGUUUUAAAGUGCUGUACUUUAUGAAUAUAUUUGUUGUUUUGAAUGGAUAAUACUUUUUCAAUAUAGAGUAUUUUUAUAAAGCUUGAGGUUAAACCUAUUAGAGAGAUAAGAGAAAGAACAUAUGAAGUCUGGCUUUGUGUGUACAUUCUCCUUUUCCUCAUGAACUACAUUUUCGCCCUGGAAUAAUGAACAUGGUUGACAAACAAGUUGUAGUAAUGUGAUAUAGAUAGAUAUCACCAAAACACACUUACUAUGCCUUGGUUUUUCAUUAGUUUUUCAUUGAAACGGUUUUAAUGACCUCAAUUGUGCUUGUUUGAUAGAAGAGCUGGCAGAGGUGUAUUCCAGGGCUGUCUUUAGAGGAGGGGGAAGCUGUUAUUGUGGAGCAGAUUUAUGGUGUGUUUUAUGACUGCUGUGAGCAGAGCUAUUGGAGGAGCAUUCACAUCAAAGGCUUUCAUUGUGUUAGGCUUUGAGGGCCACAAAAGAGACUUCAUUGACCAAGAGUCAACCAAAUUCAGCCCCUCACCACUGGUAACCAAGCUUUUAAAGGCUUUCUGUAAAUACAUAUCCAUGGAAUGUGACAUGUAGUAUGACGUGUUGAAGAGGAGGAUGCAUCACAUUUAUCUUCCCAAAGGUUUCCCCCCUCAGGGGAGAGACUUCCUGUUGGAGAGGAGACACAGCAGUUUAAUUUGUCACAUAUUACAGUCAGUGUCAGAUAGGUUUUAGGUAUGAUUUCAGUGCCUGUCCAUGGCACCACAUUUUAACAAUGUUGAUUUCAGUUAGUGGAGAGUUAAACAGAGAAACAGCUUCAGAUAAAAAUACUGACUUGACUCAGUUUUCACUUCAGAUAUGCUUUGGUCAGUUUGGUGUGACAUAGAUAAUAAAACAUGAGAAGUGUAACAUUAAGUCAUUUUUUCUUUUUGUGGAUGUGACCCACAUCUCAAAACGGGGUAUUUUAAUUAAAACUGGGUGUUCUCAUCAAUUUGGGUCUGCUUUAAUGUCCAUGUUUGCCCAUAAUUGAGUAUUCUCUGUCUCGAUUUGACCUCCCAAGGACAGAACAACAGUGGAAAGGGCAUGUCCCUAUUGAUAUUGUUCACUGUUGUUUGAGUGGCAAACCAUUAAUUAUGUCCCUUAAUAAACUAUCCUGAUGAGCAGAGGUGGCUGGCCCUUCAAUUUGCUCUGCAACCAAUCUGAGCAGACAGUCACAAAACAAGCAGAAACCGUGGUAUACAUAUUGUGCCCAAUAUGACAUUGUUUUCUCACUGGCUUUUAAUCAGUCUACUUACUAUUGAAUUGAUGAAGUGUUUUACCCAUUAGAAAACACUCUGGAUACUUCUCAUAACAAUAUGAUUUACCCUCCAUGGCAUGUCUGAAGUACAGAGCAAAAUGGAGCUUCAAUUAAAAUGUUAAUUGGAUUUUAUCCAGGAUUACGCUGUAAUGUCUCUGAUAGUAAUGCAAUUAACAGAGGCUUUAACUUUAACUCUUUACUUCACCCAAGGACACUUGUGACAGUCACACAGGUUUGGAAACCACAACCACACACAGCCUAGAGAAUGUGUUCGAUCAGUCAGGGAUUAUGAACAACACCAAUCUCACUGAGUGACUUGAUAAGUAUUUCAGAUCCCUGGGAUCUAAAUUCACUUAGCUUUGAUGUGGUAAAGACAACAAGCCAACCGUUACUGUAUUAUCGAGUCUAACAGAAAAAAAACAUUAACAUGGUUGGGUUAUAAAUCUGUAAUAGAAACAGACCAGCUCUGCUCUGGCGAUUACUAAAUUAUCUCUUAAGACCAUUCCACAUGACUGAAAGGGCUCUCUAAGUGAGGAAUGUGAGAGGUUGUAGCUCAGUGUAUAAAUGGACAUGGUGUUGAAAUACAUUCAUGUUUAUUCUUCUCGCGACACAGUCAGGGUUGAAAUACCUCCCAUACCUGUUGGCACCAGGACUGUGUUUACUGUAGUAGAUUUAUCUCAUAGCUUGGGGCCACCAUGCCCAUCGUGGAGUGGUCUUUUCUCUGGGAAAACGUUAGUUAUUGCAUGCCUGGUGUCAGAUAAAAGAUAGAUGGGUAUUAGUGGGCCCACUACAUCAAUAAACUGUGUGUGUGUGUGUGUGUGUGUGUAUGUGUAUGUGUAUGUGUAUGUGUAUGUGUAUGUGUAUGUGUAUGUGUAUGUGUAUGUGUGUAUGUGUGUGUGUGUGUGUGUGUGUGUGUGUGUGUCAGAGGGAGAUAUACACUCCCCCUAUGAUAUAUGCUGUUGUGUGGAUCAGUGUGGGAGUUGACAUUUAUGGCCCUGGCUCAGACCCUGCUUGCUGUGGCCUGGGGGGCCAUUCUCAGGGCAGAACAAAGCCUUAGGGGCCUGCAGGAUCUGCAAAACGGCUGUAAAAAAUCAGGUGACCACAAACAGCUCAAGAAUGUCCACUCAAAUACAAACUGGCAUCAUAAUUUAUGGGGAGAGCAAAGCCUUGCAAGAUUAACCCAACGGGAAUGAUUAACCCAAUGGGAAUGACGGGAAAAUGAACCAGCUUCACUUUGGUGUGUCUUUACGCAAUGGCAGUAAAGGUUAGGCAGAUUGUGUAUUAUUCUGAGGAAAUUAGUUUUUAACUUUUCUCAAGCAAAGUGAGUAAGGCACAACAAGUUUGAGUGAUGUUAGUUUUUGUGAUUGAGUGAUAUUAGUUUUUGUGAUAUCUAAGAAGAAACAUUUGGCCUUGAAGCCACACACAGGGUGAUUAUUGCCCAUUAUUAUGUGGCAACUGAAGCAUAUCUUAUGUUUGUGAGGGAUUUGGUGUUGUUGAAUGAGCCAGGGCUAAUACACAUUUCCUUUUGACCAGGGUUUAUUGUGAGUGGCGGUUAGUGCAAGCAUGGGUGACUCCAUACAGAGGGGGAGGUUUGUGUGGACACCUUUUAUCUUCAACCAUGGAGAUCCUUGAUAACCUUACCCAAACCAUGUGGAAAAUGAACACUUCAAUGCAUUUCCAUGGAGUAAAAUUCCAUAUUUUCUCCUAAAUUGCUUACAGAAAACUUUUGCAAGUUUUUAAUUUAUUCUAGGUCAGAAAAACAAUAUUUUUAACAAAGUAUAACCUUAGGACACUCCUAGGUUACAAAGAGCAGUUAAGCUGAACAAUUGAGCUUGCCAUAUCUAAUCAUGCUUUCAUUAUAUCGGCUAUGAAAUUGCCCAUUGAAGAGUUCUGCUCUCUCUCUUCACCAUUUCCUCCUAUUGGCACUAUUUAUCAUCAUUUAUUAAGUGGCUUUUUAUUUUUGUCUCUUGGUGUUUUUCCCUCUUUUCUGCUCAGUUUCCCUGCUUGACCCUCCCCCACUAAGAGCGGUGUCCAUAACCCCUCCUUUGGCAGGAUUUAGCUUGCCCAGAUUCCAUGUCAAAGUUCAUGUCCCAGAUGUCACAGCCUGCCCCCUCUCCCAGCCCCUCUCCUGCAUAAUACGGCGGGCUCAUUGUGCUGUGGACCUGGGCAGGGGUGGGACUGUGGGACCCUGACUGCUCCUUUUCAGAGAUGGACACUGAGGCCGAACAAAAGCCCCUGGGUCUGUCCAAAGCCAGCCUGACUGUGGACACCACAGUGGACAUGGGACAGGAGGAAGCUAUGCACUAAUUUAUUGUCUUUUACUAGAGAAAGUAAAGAUAUAGGAACCUCAAAAAUAUGUGCAGUUAUUUUUAUUUUUUUAUUUUAUAUUUUAUUUUUAGUCAUUUUAGCAGACGCUCUUAUCCAGAGCGACUUACAUGAGCAAUUAGGGUUAAGUGCCUUGCUCAAGGGCACAUCGACAGAUUUUUCACCUAGUCGGCUCGGGGAUUAGAACCAGCAACCUUUCGGUUACUGGCACAACGGUCUUAACCACUAAGCUACCUGCCGCCCCUGCCGCUUCCUGUUGUUGUUUUCAACAAACAACAACUCAUUAGCAUAACUACAUGUUUUCUGUAAUAAAUGACUUCAGUAGCCUAGUCAUUGACCCAUCUAUAAUGUAGAAAUAUAAAUAGAGAAGCUUCGUAUUUUUAUGCAGGCAUAUUAUCAGUAAUAUUUCCGUUUAUCUACUCUUUAGAGGAUACUACAUAGCUUCAAAUACACUUUUAAGUCGUUUUUCUCCCCUCCUGCAAGUCACUUAUCUUUCCCCAUUAAGGCUUAGGGCACAGAGAAAGGGGAAGGAUUCUGAGGGAGAAAAAAAAAAGAGGCUCAACUCGUAUUCCACACCCAUGACCUCAGAUUCCUUCUGAGUUUUAUCUAGGCCUGACCUGCUGGCUCCAUUGAGACUCCUCAGGGCUAGGGGUCUUAGUGGCUCAAACCCUCAAACCUCUCCUCCUCCCCAUCCCCCUGCCUCCCAUGGCCCUGACUCCACCCCCUGGAACCUCCCGUAGCCUCAAGGCCCUCAGAUCGAUCCUAGAAAAAACACAGUUGUUUUAGCUCUUGGAGCAUAGUAAACAUGAUGAGACGGUUGUUCAACAAAGUGGUUGGAUUUUUCACAAUGACUGUAAUUGCUUUUUUGAUAUGUUCAACUCUUUUGAAGAUAUAGAACCUGCUCACCAUUACAAUAUAUAUUUUCACAUACAUGCAGUGAAUAUGUCCCUCUAGCAGUUUGUCAGAUUAUCAACAUGGGUUACCCUGGGGUUUAGAUAAUCUAAUUUAAGGUUUCCAAACUCAGUCCUGGGGCCCCUCCUGGGUGCACAUUUUGUUUUUUUGCCGUAGCACUACACAGCUGAUUCAAAUAAUCAAAGCUUGAUGAUGAUUUGGAAUCAGCUGUGUAGUGCUAGGGCAAAAAUCAAAACAUGGGGCAGGACUUUUAUUAAUCUCUGUUGAGACAUGACCACAGAAGCUGUUAGUAACAUAGAACUCAUAAAUGACUGCUUCUGUGACUGGAACUGAGGAUACGUAAAAAUGUAUGCACACAUGACUAAGUCGCUUUGGAUGAAAGUGUCUGCUAAAUGGCAUAUUAUUAUUUAUUUAUUAUUUAUUAUAGACCUGACCUCAGUUUGAAUCCACACUCCUGUGCUCCUCUCAACAUCUGUGUCCUGGAGCACAACCCAGUGGUCAUGUUCUACACUGCAUUACUGUUCCAUGGUGAAAGGGAAAGGGGGAUACCUAGUCAGUUGUACAACUGAAUGCAUUGAACUGAAAUGUGUCUUCCGCAUUUAACCCAACCCCUCUGAAUCAGAGGUGCGGGGGGUUGCCUUAAUCGACAUCCACAUCUUCGGUGUCCGGGGAACAGUGGGUUAACUGCCUUGCUCAGGGGCAGAACGACAGAUUUUUACCUUGUCAGCUCGGGGAUUCGAUGCAGCAACCUUUCGGUUACUGGUGCUCACUAUUCCACUGACUAUAGUUUUGUUAUUAGUACCUUUACUCUGUACAUCUUCUUGUGAAGUACUGCAGUCUAACUAUAUAAUUCUGUAAAGCAUAGAUUACUUUCUAUAUACCCACCCUCUUCAAAAUCUGUUCCAGUUGGAUAAUGAUGUCUCAUCCCACAGCCUCUUACGUAGGCCUAUGAUGUGCUGUAAGAUCUCAUGUAAGGCUGUGCAGCAGUUCAGUUUCCUCUAGACUAGUGGAUACUGUAUUUCAGUGCUGUUUCAACAACUGACGACUGAAAUGCAAAUCAAUAUGUCCCACAGUGUUUUUCAAAAUAAACGUAUUAAAUUAACACUCACAGAUUGAAGAUCAUUUGCUCAGAUUCCUCUGCAUACUCUGUGUGUAAUGAUGGGUGACAUACUUUGAAAUAUUGAAGAGCCUUGGAAUUCCUAGGAGGCAGUAAGUCAUUAGUUUGAUAGAUCCUCAGCUAUUUCAGCCAGGUCUUCAAGGUUGCAGCAGGAGCUUCCUGUAAUUGCCUGUGUAAUGAUAUUUUAAUACACUGCAGCCGGUUCACCCAAUACAGUCAUACUCUAGCUCAGACAAUUUUUCUGGAAUGAGUUAUACUAUUGUUACGAACAAGACUGGGUAAUAACACAUUAAGAUGAUUAAAGUAUUACCUUUCCAACCCCAUCCUCCUCUUCUGAAUAUGUCAUGCACAGUAACCUGGUUAUUCCAGGAUGACAAGAGAUCAUAGUCUAGGAGAAAAAUGAGGCAAUCAAAGCAGAUAUGAAGUGAAACAUUUGGAUAGUGUUUGGCCUGAACUCUUUAUCAGUGGCCUUUUGGGUACAGAGAAGACAUUUGACUUAGCAGCGUUUGUUCUACCUGGGGUCUGUAAGGCCACUGAAUCUGGCCAUGUGACUGACCGCUCUGUCUUUCCUAGGGGGGGGCAUUGUCUAGUGGUUUAACCCCCCUGUCCUGGAGCUGAAUAGGACUGACCACUGGCCAGCAGCCCUGGGUGGGGGAAGGGCUCCCCUAUUCUCCCUGAAAAGGCCCAGUGACAGAGUGAUGGAUAGAGGAGCGCCUCUAUUGUGUGCCCCGCUCCCAGCACUCUCUCCCCCACACAGCCAAACGCCAACCCUCACUGACCUCUCAGCCAUGCUCUUUCUGUUCCAGCACCCUCACAGCCUACUGGUUGGAGAAAUCACACAGCCUCUGGUUCAGUGUAAUGCCCCCUAGUGGACAGACACACUCACUUCCACUUUAGAUCACAUUGCAAAAAAGGAUACUAUACCCAUUGGCCUACAGUGAAAGAUAUGUAAAUGUUGUUAUUUUUUUAGACCCAAGGAAGAAGUACCAUGUGAAGCUCCUGGCGUUCAGUUUCAUAGGAGAUGGCUACCAGGCAGACCAGACUAUCAGCACCCCUGGAUGUGUCUGUAAGUUCUUCACAUAAUGCAAGAAACCAUUGUCUAUAAUGAUAGAUGAAAGCUAUGAUAAUGAUAGUUAUGAUAGAUGAUAGUUCUGAUAGAUGAUAGUUCUGAUAGAUGAUAGUUAUCAAUCCUUCGAUGCAUGAGUACCUCUAACAUUGUUUUUUGUUUUUUCUGUGUGUAUCAGCGGUUCGUGAUCGUAUGGUGCCCCCUCCGCCACCCCCUCACCACGUGUAUGCCAAGGCCAACAGCUCGUCUGCCGUGUUCCUCCACUGGGGGCGUCCAGCCUUCACCUCCAGCCAGACCGUCAACUACACCAUCCGCUGUAACCCUGUGGGCCUUCAGAACGCCUCCCUGGUGCUCUACCUGCAGACGUGAGGGUCCUAUAUAAUACUUUCCUCUUCAUACCCCAUAGCACAUAGUCAUAUAACUGGAUAGAGGGUGCUUAGUAUGGCCAUAUGACUCAGGGUAGCACUUAGUACGGGUUUAAGCAUUUGCAGGUCAAUGGCCAAAGUAUUGGAUCUGAUUAAUAAUCUCCAUAUACAGUAUAUGUUCUAAAUACAUUUUUAUCAUUGUGGUUCUCCUCUACAGUACUGAGAAGAACAUCCUGGUCCCGGACUUAGAGCCCAACACCAGGUAUGAGUUUGCUGUCCGCCUGCACCUUGACCAGCUGUCCAGCCCCUGGAGCCCUGUGGUCUACCAGAGCACUCUGCCUGAAGGUGAGCACCAACAUGGCUUCAUACAGCAGCACAUGCUGUAUAGAUGAGUAGAAUAUACUCUCAACCUUUUUGGGCUCCGAUGGUAUUUCCUAGCCUACUGAAAUAGAAUACUUACUGAAAUUAUUGUGCCUGUCUUAAGACUGCUUAUUUGCCCAGGACUCUCGCAUUCUGCAAACAAAUCACAACUAGAGUGCAACCACUUGACAGAGCCUUGACAAUGAGCUCUCAUUUUCCCUCUAAUGGGGAUUUGCUCUUGAAAGGAUUAGAAAAAUACACACAGGAGCAAAUUCAUUGAACUGCACAGUACUCUAUAUGCUCAGUCUCUCACUGCAUUAUUACACAUAUCUACAACAUCUCUAGGGAAAGGGAUCAUAAUCAAGGGCCACAGCUUGUGAGAUGUAGUUAUCCUUUUUAGUGACAUCAAAGAAGCUACUCUGAUUGAAAUGUUGCUUUGGUCUAGGCCCUGGUUCAGACUUUAAUUUUCAGUAUUCCUCAAAACUCAUUACCAGUUACGAAGAGCAAAUAUUUUUUUAUGACAGUUGUACAUCUUUGUCAGCGAUUUAGCCUCAGGGGUAAAACUGUCGUUUUUUCUUUCCCCAGCACCUACUCUGCCACCGUCAAGUGUGAAAGUGACUCUGAUCGAGGACGACACAGCGCUGGUGUCAUGGAAACUUCCAGAUGAGCCCAACUUGGCGGUGACACGUUAUACCAUCCUCUACGCUUCCAGGAAGGCCUGGGUAGCUGGAGAGUGGAAGGUGCUGCAGAGAGAAGGUGAGCUGAAGAGAGAGUAAGAGAGAGAGAGAGAGAGAGAGAGAGAGAGAGAGAGAGAGAGAGAGAGAGAGAGAGAGAGAGAGAGAGAGGAGCCGCAGGCUAAACUGGGCUGAAGAGACAGAGAGCCCUGCCCCAGCUCCACACCAUACAGGCCAUUGGAAAUCAAUUCAUUUCCUCCUCCGAUCCAUUUCUGUAUUUGUCACUAAUCAUUGUGAUCUCUGGUUGUUCCUAGAUAACCCCCUCCUGUUGUCUUACCAAUCAAAGGAUGGAUUCUAUACUGGGAGCUUUGAUUUAACACUGGGGGGGAGAGUAUGAUCUGUCUUUGUGGCUUUAGGUCCAAUAUUCUCAUUCUCCUCUUCUAAGUGAGUGAAGUGAAGGACUUCAAUCACUCAAUAUUGUAAUCAUUAAACCUGAAACACACUGGUCAAGAGCGCUGUAGUUACUAUGGACUACUGCCAUACAGUUAAUGUGGCCAUAGCAACACACAUACAUGUUUUCUGUACCCAAAGACCUCACGUGUGGCAGUAAGUAAUACUGUUCAGCUCCUGGGUAAAGAACACAGAUUCUGGGUAGCAUAGGCAUAAUUGAGAGCAGAUGACUCCAGGAAAUGUGAGGCAUCUGAUCUUUCCUUCUAAGCCACAGGUGAGGGGGUCAAAGGUGAGGCUGUUCACAAAGCCAUCCUACCCUGCCCCAGCCCCCCACCACUGUAAAUCAACCCUGUCACCCCAACCGUUACUGCUGGGACCUCAGUGGAGCUGGGUGGUACUGGGGGGGGGGGUUAGAUCCCCCUGAUCCCUGACCCUCCGUCCUUUGCCUGACAAUCUGGUCACAAAUAGCCCUUCAUAUGCCUCAGGUUUUUUAUGUGUGUUUUUUUUCCACUGAGUUGUAAAACCCCUGUUCUUCAUGGGUCAGUUGAAAAAUGGGAGAGAGGAGCAAAAAAAGUCAGGCCUGACAUAUUUCCUCCAGUUCCACAGUUCAUUUAUUUAGAGAUUAAUUUGAACAGCUAUGUUUAGGAACACAUGGAGAAUGACAACACCGCAGCGUGUUGAAACAAUAUUCCCAUUUACAUUUCCUUUUAUUGCUGAGGCUCAAAUGGGUUGACAUAGGUCACUAAUCACUUAUUUCUCUGUGAUAGGGAGCAUCACCAUGGCUCUCCUAGAGAACCUACAGCCGGGGAACAUCUACCUGGUCAAGGUGUCUGCGUCCAACGAUAUGGGAGACGGGCCGUUUUCACACACCGUGGAACUGGCCGUGCAGAACGAUGGCUCCACCUCCGGUCACAACCCCAGGCGCUCCCAUGGCUCAGCUACAGGUUAGUGACUAAUGUUGUGUGUACUUGGUCUUUCUUUCAUUGACUUUCAUGACAGGAUUCCUCUUGUUGUCAUCACUUGACCUACUAGAUGUACUUCAAAUGCAAUAGCUUUGCCUGCAGCCUUGGUCUCCUGCUAAAUUAUUUACACUGUAAUACAUCUCUGUGAAUGUCAGGGGAGGUGAUUGUCAGCUUUAUUGAUUUUGAUACACAGUGUGGAGAUGUAGUACCCACACAGAGCCUAUAUAGAAGUGUAUGACUUGUCUCCAGUGGCUGUCUCAUCACUUGUGACAACUGUCUUGCAGUGUUCUCUGGUGGCUUCUACCACCUGGACCAGAAGUCGAUGACAGGGAUCAUCGUGGGGGUUUGCAUUGCACUGAUCUGCAUCAUCAUCUGUGCCUUCAUCAUUGUCUGCAGAGGCAAAAACAGGUAACAGAUUCAGUGUGCUUUUUGUUUUUUGUAAUAGUUGUUGUAACUUGAUAUGAGAUUACUUUUCUGACAGCCCAGUUGGUUUGGAUAGAAUAUUUCUAUAUUAAUAUUGUAUGAUUGUUUGACAGGAAAUCGUCAGCUACUAAAGCCAUCAGGCAGGGGGCUGGUCAGGUCCCCUCUGCUGCAGUCCACCUGGGUUCUGAGGGCCAGGCUGAGAAUGCUGAUGUCACGGAGCCAAUGAUGAGGGCAGACCACUUCAUUGAUGCCAAGGUAAGGGGAUAUGGCUCAGUUACGCCCUUCCUUUCCUCUAACAUUUCCUAUUGCAUUAUGUCUCCAAAGCACAUGGAAAAUAACCAAUGUAGACAGAUUCAGAGCAUUGCGAAUUUCAUUUAAUUUCCAGGGUGGAACAAAUCUGAUCAUCAAUAGCCUCGGACCAGUUUACCCAAUCACUGAGAAGAAAAAUAAGUGGUUUCCCUUCAGUAAUCAGAAAAAACUGAAUGUUAAGAAAAGCCAGGUAAGAAAGAUAACAAACAAAAGUGUUCAAGUAAUAUAACAUUACUUCAAUAGAACAUAAUAGAGGUGAGACCAGCAGAUAUUCCUCCCUUUAUCCAUAUUAAUAACCUUCUUUGUUCACCCUUUCCUACUUACUCAGACCCAGAGGAAGAGCCAUGGAAUCUGCUCGUACCAGCCAGGAGUAACAGUGCUGUGCUACGAGGAUGAGUCUCUGUCGUCACCCAACCAGCCCACCUCCCUGCAGGUCCUGUUUGGCCCACCUGUUGACACAGAGGGCUCCUCCAACAGCGAGGGCAGCCACGAGACAGGCGACUCGGGCCGUUACUCUCACGACGAGACAGAAAUGACCAACCUGUCCUCUGGUCCCAGCAGCAACCCUGCGUCUCUGAGAGAGGAGGAGAGCGGGGGGUCAGGCUGCAGCCCUGCCCAGGAGAGUGAGGGGGAGCUGGGGGAGCAGUCUCACCUCGACCUGGAGAUUGGAGACUCCAUGGAGAAACCGUGCCACCAUCACCACUAUCAGGCCCCAGACAAUUCCCAGCCUGCACAUUCUCUCUAG